AGGGGUUUAGUUUCUUUUACAAGUCCCGGUGCCGCUGACCCCUGUAAUUCAGUGCGUCGACGGUGCUCAGCCGCUCUGCUGUUUUGGUUCAUUGGAGUGCAGAGCGGAGAAAUGGAGUUUCCCCAGCAGGAAUAUUUGAGGCGCCGCAGGUGUGACAGCGCAGCCUCGGUGCCUCAGUUCUGUAAUUCUCCCACGAUGAUUGUGAUGGUGGGGUUGCCAGCCAGAGGAAAGACGUACAUCUCCAAGAAGCUCACACGCUACCUAAACUGGAUCGGAGUGCCUACCAAAAUGUUUAACGUGGGCCAGUAUCGCAGAGAAGCUGUUAAGAUCUAUAAGAACUUUGAGUUCUUUAAACCUGACAACGAGGAGGCCAUGAAGAUCCGCAAGGCCUGUGCAACAGCUGCCCUGAAGGACGUCGCUGCCUACUUCUCAAAAGAACAGGGACAAGUAGCCGUAUUUGAUGCUACCAACACCACGAGGGAGAGGAGGGCAAUCAUCCUUAGUUAUGCAAACGAGAGGGGCUACAAAGUGUUCUUUGUGGAGUCGAUCUGCGAUGACCCAGAAAUCAUUGCAGAGAAUAUUAAGCAAGUAAAGUUCGGGAGUCCAGAUUACGUGGAUCGUGACGUAGACGAGGCGUUGGAAGAUUUCAGCCGGCGCAUCGAGUGUUACAGGGCCAGCUACAUGCCGAUAGACGACGAGGAGGACAGGAAGCUCUCCUACAUCAAGAUCUUCGACGUAGGCAGCAGAUAUCUGGUGAACCGGGUCCAGGACCACAUUCAAAGCAGGAUAGUCUACUACCUCAUGAACAUCCACGUCACACCGAGGUCCAUCUACCUGAGCCGCCACGGAGAGAGCGAACUCAACCUGUUGGGGCGCAUCGGUGGAGAUUCAGGCCUCUCCCCGAGGGGACAGAAGUAUGCCAAUGCCUUGGCGACCUUCAUCAGAGGUCAGAAUAUCCGCGAGCUGAAGGUGUGGACGAGCCACAUGAAGAGGACCAUCCAGACUGCAGAAGCUCUGGGAGUCCAGUACGAACAGUGGAAGGCCCUCAAUGAGAUAGACGCUGGUGUGUGUGAGGAACUGACCUACGAAGAGAUCCAGGAGAACUUUCCCGAAGAGUUUGCACUAAGAGACCAGGACAAGUAUCGUUAUCGUUACCCAAAGGGCGAGUCCUAUGAAGACCUUGUCCAUCGUCUAGAGCCUGUGAUCAUGGAGCUGGAGAGGCAGGAAAACGUUCUGGUUGUCUGCCACCAAGCCAUCUUUCGCUGCCUGCUGGCCUACUUUCUGGACAAACCAGCAGAUGAGCUGCCUUAUCUCAGAUGCCCUCUUCACACAGCGCUCAAACUCACACCCGUAGCUUACGGAUGCAAAGUUGAGUCUUUUUUCCUCAAUAUCGAAGCGGUAAACACACACAGAGAAAGGCCACUGAAUGUCGACAUCAACAGAAACCCAGAGGAGGCUCUGCUGACUGUUCCUGAACACGUGUAAAUGCUGUUUUGUAAAGAAUUUACUACAGUCAAGUGAAACUAAAUGUUUUGCCACGUACUAUCUUGACUAAAUAUUAGAGAUGCCCUCCAGUGAAAGGCUGGUUGUGGUAAAAUGGACUUUGAGUCUAGACGAUGGAGAUAACGUUUAAAACAUGACAGCUUCCUGUUUCUUUCUGACUACAGUUGUCUUUUUUGUGAAUUCUUUGUUUACAAUUUAGGGACAAUAACAAUGCACCGUGUUUUCGAUGCCGAGAGGAAAACACUCGCAAGUUGGCAGUGAGCUUGUCGUUGCACAGAUAAUAAUAAGGUGGUGAUCAGCACCACGGACAGCACCCAAACAAACAAGACGCGUACAUUGAACCGUUGCAGAUGUGAUACCAGACUUCAGACGGGGUUUAAUGAAAGAAUGUAAAUAAAUAAACAUGCAAGACGUCGCUCUGAAAAUAAAUCCAAUUUAUAGUCCUGUUUGUGUGUUCUUGGCUUCUCUGUAGGGUUGUUAACCCCCCCCCCCCCCACCCUCCUCAGAAGAACUGAGCUGAAGCAAACUGAUUUCACAACAGACCACUGCACUGUUCCAUUCUGCAAAUAAUGAGUCUUUGAGAACGAGCGCUCGAGGGAAAUGAAAACUCACAUUUGGGAGUGAUUUAAGAAAUAAAAGUCAGGCUGGAGCAUUUAGUAGGAACACUCCCACAAGAAGGAGGAGGAGAGGUGUUUUUGUAGCGGGGUGGUUUCCCCAAAUAGGAGAGCAAGGGUUAAUAAUCCCUCGCCUCUCGUGCACCUUAGGUGGCAGCAGUCCGCGAAAUUUCCAGUAUGCUCGAUCACAACCUGGGGCCUGCUCUCUUUGAGCCGAGUGGGACCUUCUCACUGAGCUUCAAGUUUUUUCACCAUUUGUUGUUUU